AUGACUGAUAUUGACGAGGCUAUCGAGCAAACGAAGAAGUCGAUUAGUGCCAAUCCGACAAAUGUUAAUUAUCUGAAAGAACUUGGCAACCUUCUCAAUGACAGAUAUGUUAGCACCGGUAUGAUUGAAGAUCUGGAUGAAUCCAUUUUUGCGACGAAGCAAGCUAUCAAUGCGAUAACAAACGACGAUGUCGACUUGGCAGACUGCUCAAAUACCCUCAGUUACCGGCUUCAAGAUAGAUUCAUGAUGACGGAAGAAAACGCAGACCUUGAGGAGGCCAUACAAAUGGCACAAAAGGCGGUUGGGUUAACGACUACGACACAGUCCGUUAACGCCAAGUAUUUGAGCAAUCUCGCCGCAUCAUUCAAGAUCAGGUUCUCCGUUACAGGAGAUCUAAAGGACAUGGAAGACGGUAUAGCUAUAGCAAGAAAGGCCGUUUCUGUGACGACAAGCAGUGACCUUGAACUAUCGAAGUGGCUGAAUAAUCUUGGUAACCAUCUCAACAACAGAUAUCUAGUGACAGGUUCUUUGGACGACCUUGAAGAAUCAAUCAACCUGAACCGACGUGCCAUCGACAUGACAUCGGACACAAAACUGCGCGGGCUAUUCUUGAACAACUUGUCAGCCAAGUUGGAUCUCAAGGCCGAAGCUACUGGUAAUUCGAACACAUACGAGGAGGCCAUAGAACUCGCUAGAACAGUCCUCACCCUGACACCAGAUGGCCAUCCAGAUCAAGCAAAAUGGCUAAAUAACAUCUCAGCUCAUCUGAUAGAAAGAUUCCACAGAUUGUGGGAUCUGAGCGACUUGCAGAAUGCCAUCAAUGCUGCAAGUAAAGCUGCGGAUCUGACGCCGAAUGGGCCUACAAAGGCUCGAUAUCUUGCAGCGGUCGUAGAUGGCCUCAUUCACAGAUACGAAAAGAUGGGUUCAUUGACGGAUCUCGAAGAAGCUAUUCGCAUUACUGAGACGGCUAUUGAAAUGCUUCCUAGUCAUCAUUCACAAAGGCCACGGGUCGUCUCCAUCCUUGCGGAUAUUCUUAAAAACAGAUACUUAAGACAUCAAAAGAUACAGGAUCUCGACAGAGCAAUAGAAUUAUCCAGAGAGGCUGCUGAUGCAACGCCUGACAACCACCCCUUCAAAGCGGCCUAUCUCGACAGACUUGCAGUGCAACUGUGCCUCAGAUCAUCCAGGUCUCGGACAGACCCUAACCUCUGGAAAGACUUGGAAGAGUCAAUACAGCUGGAGAGAACUGCAAUAGCCACCACCGCAAAGAACCGCCCAACUUGGUGCCAAAAGAAUAAUUUACAGUCCAUGCUCGUCAUAAAGUACGCUCUGACAAAACAAAAUGCAAUUCUCGAUGAAUGUGCUCGACUACAACGGGAAGCCCUCGAGGAAAUCCCAGGAGACCAUCAAUACCGCUCAGAAAUGCUCAACACGUUAGGUUAUCGUCUCAGGGAUGGAGCGAAGAAUGAUUCAGACCUUGGAACAGCUUCAGAGUGUUUUCUCGAGGCACUGCAGAACAAAAAUGCUCCUGCGAUAAGCCGAGUGAGAGCUGGCUCGGCUCUACUCCGGUGUUGUCCUGAUAAACAAAAGGCUUACGAGGCUGCCCAAGUCAUCAUGGCUCUUCUACCUCAUUUGAUCACGAGAUCUCAUGAGACCUCAGAUAAACAGCAUGCUGCAGGCCAGAGAGCUGGUAUGGCGUGUAGUGGAGCUGCUGCAGCUUUGAAAGCAGGCAGACCGGCCUUUGAGGCACUACAAGUACUUGAGCUAGGGCGCGGUGUCCUUGCAAAGUUUAGUGAAGACAUGUUGCUGGGUCCUGUCAAAUUAGGUCGUCUGUCUCCUGAACAAGCCAACACUUAUACCCAUCUUCGCGACGAGUUGCAGUUCUCGAAUACUCUUAUCCAAGGAAACUCUCUUCAGGGUCAUAUUGAUCAGCUCAAUAGGCGUUACAAUGCGGCAGAGGAGUUUGAGGAGUUGAUUGGUGAGAUCCGAAAGUUGCCGGGGUUUGAAGACCUCUGGACUGCAUUGACAGAAGCAGAGACACUUCAGGCCGCUGAGUAUGGUCCAGUGGUCGUCAUCAAUAUUAGUCAAGCUCGAUGCGAUGCAAUCAUUAUUGAGAAACAUCAGGUGAAAUCUUUGGCGCUUCUCAAUAUUGCAGAUGGCCUCGCUCAGUUCGCUCGGAAGGGUGACUUUGGUAGCUCAAAGGUCCUAGAAUGGAUUUGGGACAAGAUCACCCAGCCAGUCUUGGAUGCUCUUGGUUAUUCUCAACAUCCUGGAGACGAUGCAUGGCCUCACGUAUGGUGGAUACCAACAGCAUCGUUAACUCUUUUCCCGCUACAUGCUUCAGGGUAUCACCGUCGAGAGACGUCUGAAACUGUCAUUGAUAGGGUAGUGUCGUCUUACGCUUCUUCCAUCAGGGCUAUCAUACGUGGUCGCGAGAAGCCUCUUUCAUCACAUUUGACUGCCACUGUUACACAGCGAGCCUUACUUGUAGGCAUGCAAUUAACUCCAGGCAUUGAACCAUUGCCCUUUGCAGACAAGGAAGUAGGCAUUGUACAGGAGCUGUGCAAGUCACUCGGUCUAGAGACUGUUCGGCCGAGACCGCGGAAAGAAGAUGUGUCUAAAGAUCUGUUACACUGCAAAGUAUUUCACUUUGCAGGUCACGGCUACACAGAUGAACAGGAUCCCUCCAACAGUCAUCUACUUUUGGAAGACUGGAAAGACAAUCGUUUUUCGGUAGGUGACUUACAACGAAUGAACCUACGUGAACAAGAACCAUUUCUCGCGUAUCUUUCUGCAUGUGGCACUGGACAGAUGAAGCAGUAUGAUCUAGUCGACGAGAGUAUUCAUUUGAUCAGCGCGUACCAAUUGGCUGGCUUUCGUCAUGUUAUCGGUACGCUGUGGAAGGUGAGUGAUCAAUGUUGUGUAGAUAUAGCUCGGACUACCUAUCAGAGCAUGAAGGACACGGGUUUGACUGAUGAGGGUGUCAGUUGGGGGUUGCAUCGGGCCAGUAGAAAGCUUCGUGAUAAAUGGGUCAAGGAGCAGAAGCAAGGGGGAAGUUGCCCACGAAGGGGAGUUGUGGUCGUUGGAAAUGAUAAAAGUAAUGUUUCUGGGGAUAAGGAACUGUGUAAGGAUGAGAAUGGCAGGGAUAUAGUGGCUGUGGAAGAUGAAGAUGAAGAUGGCAAGCAGGUGCAGUGGGCACCUUACGUUCACUUUGGUGUAUGA